AUCCCUCAUCUCUGUGACGUCACAAAAUGACGAUUUUACCAGUAAAAAAAAAGCGCGAAAAGGAUUCCCAGCAGAGAUCAGUUUCAACAAUUGGAAGUUCUGCUGAAAAUAGCCGUCAACAACUCUCUGGACCAUCCUGCAGCUCAUCAGCUUCAUCUUCGAGCUCCGCGGCUAAAAGGAUCCGUUCUCAGGAGGAUGGACCUCCGAGCAAGCGAUGGGUCCUAUCGGCUUCAUCUACCUCAUCAACGAACAAAAGCCCAAUUCCAUCAUCAUCACCAGUCCUACCACCACCUCAACCUGAAAUUGAGCCAAAUCGAAGCCAAUCUCCAGGAAAUGCCGACUAUAAUUCAGACGAUGAAUAUGAAAUGCAAAAUAUUCGAGACGAUGAGAUCGAAACGGAAUUCUCGAAUCGUCUGGCGGCCCGUGGCCUAAUAAUCAAAGAAAUGGUCGGCGACGGAGCCUGUAUGUUCCGUUCAAUUGCCGAACAAAUCUACGGUGAUCAGGAAAUGCACGGACAAAUUCGCCGUCUUUGUAUGGAUUAUAUGUCGAAUAACCGCGAUCAUUUCAAAGAAUUCAUUACGGAAAACUUUGAGAAUUAUAUUCAACGAAAACGCGAGGAAAAUGUGCACGGGAAUCAUGUUGAGCUUCAAGCGAUCUCUGAAAUGUUUGCACGGCCUGUAGAGGUGUAUCAGUACAGUGAUGAACCAAUAAAUGUGCUUCUUCCCCGUCCGGAACCAGAAGCUACUGCUCUAACAGAUGGCUCCGCGUCCACAUCGAAUGCUGCUCCGCCGCCGUCUACAGUACCAAUUCAACAGAAUCCACCGCUUCGGCUUAGUUAUCAUCGAGCUGUUCACUAUAAUGCUAUUCUUGCUCCAAACAUUCCAACAAUCGGAAUCGGUCUCGGAUUACCCGGAAUGAUACCAGGAUCAGCUGAUAAAGAGUUAAUGAGCACAGCAAUGAAGACCUCGGAGUUGGAGCAUAUUGAAGAAACGAUGCUCCAGGAUAAAAUCGAUAUGACAGAUUUUCAACGAACUCAGGCGGAUAUUGAAGAUCAAAUUACUCGAGAAUCCCUAAUUUCAUACUUAAAUGACUUUGAAAAGUCUAAAAAUGCUCCGUCGACGUCAGCUGGAGCUCCUGGGCCAUCCAAUUUCAGUGGAGAGCCGCCGGUAUCAGGCUCAGGACUAUACGAGGAAAUGCUCGCCGCUCAGAGCUUGGAAUGGGACGCCUACACCGACGACGUUGCAAUUGCCGAAGCGAUGCUCGUCAGCCAACAGGACUAUAUGAGCAAUAAGCCGAGCACGAGCAGCAGUGGCAGUGGUCCAAGUACUUCUGAAUAAUUUAAUAUACUAUUAUUUUUUAAAAAUAAUUCCCGCGAAAAUCGAAAUCCGACCCAAAAAAAAUCUCGUUCACAAUGUGCCUUUCCCAUGCUUUUUCCUAGAAUUUUGAACAUUUUCGAGCCAAAAAUAGAACCAUUUUCCGAGUUUUUUCACCGAUCCUAUUUAUGUGACUAAAAAUGCAGACUUCAAGUUAUACAUGAUGAGAAAAUAAAUCAAAUUAUAAUAAGUCCCAAAUUUUGGGCUG